GGUUUUUAUUUAAAAGAGCUUUUCUUCUUAGGUAUGGCUACUAUAUCUAACGGAAAAGACUGCGAAAGUAUGGUUGUGGAUGAUACUGACAAGGAGAUUAGCGUCAGGGGCGACAUUUCUCCGGCAAUCGAGGAUUCUCUGGAUUUGGACAGGAUUCAUAUCUCUCCAGUGCCGAAGUAUUUUGGUUUCAAACAAUUCAAGAAGUUGCUGGAAAAGCAUCUGAAGGGGAUAGAAAUAAAGAAAGUUCGGCAAAUGAAGUUUGAUGCCUACGUCAGUUUUAAAACUCCCGAGGACGCGCAGUCAGCGAUUUCAAAACUUAACGGUUUGGAGGUGAAGAAGACGGUUUUGAAAGUGCAAUUGGCACAGACUGAGACGAAGACGUCGUUCGAUCCAAGUACGCAACAGAUCAAACCAAAAACUGCGAGAGAGAGCGUAACGAAGCUUGCUGAUGUACCUUAUCCGGAGCAGCUGCAGCAAAAGGCAAAGGAGUCCUUUAGGGUAUGUGAAAGGCUUCUUGUCGAACUGAAGAAAGCUAACGUUGACAGCGCGUCCAGUCUGAAGUCUUCUGAACUUGUGAAAAAGGUGUUGCCAUCACCAAAGAUAAGGGCUUACCGAAACAAAUGUGAAUUCACGAUUGGUCUGACGCAUGAAGGAAAGGUAUGUGUAGGAUUUGUUGGCGGCAGAUUUUCUAACAAUGAGCAUCACAUCAUUCCAAUCGACGAUCUGGACAAUAUCACCCCGACCACGAAAAGGAUUGUUGCAGCAGUGGCGGAAUUUGUUCAGACAUCAGGUUUGCCGCCGUUUGACGAAUUUGCACGCGUGGGAGUGUGGAAAAUGCUUACCGUGCGCGAAUUUGGAGGUGAUGUUAUGCUCAUUAUGACGGUCAACCCAUUAGAAGACAAAGUAAAGGAGGAGCUGCUAAAGAAGGAGUUUUGUUCGAAAUUUCUCAACCCAUCCAACUUUUCGGAACAGAAAUUUCGGGUGACAUCAUUGUACUGGCAUUCGAUUGCCAAUUGCAGUGAUCAGGUUGAAUACGAGCACAUUGGUGGGGCUCCGUACAUCUACGAAACCUUAUUGGGCUGUCGGUUCCGAGUUUCGCCGUCAGCUUUCUUUCAAACAAAUAGUCAAGCUGCACAAGUUUUGUAUACCACUAUAGGAGAGGCAUGUGGUUUAUCGUCGCUGGUAGCUGGAGCUAAUGGUGACGUGCAGAAAUGUGACCAUAAUGCCAAACGACCAAGGUUAGAUGAGGAUAUCACCACGACGGAAACUUUCGAGGCUGAGAGUCAGACAGAUGUCGUGAAGAGCUCAACUAUUUUGCUGGAUAUAUGCUGCGGUACUGGAACCGUCGGCCAAUGUGUCCUGCAAGAGUAUAGGAGGAAAAAUAAGGUUUGCUGCAUUGGAGUCGAUAUAAUUGAGUCAGCCAUUGUAGAUGCGAAGGAAAACGCUGUGGGCAAUGGGAUGAAUGAAAAUAUGUGUCGCUACAUUGCUGGAAAAGCGGAGGAUGUUUUUUCUUCAUUACGUUUUCAUAUUCCUCCUGAUUUCGACUUGCAAGAAUCUAACGUUGUUGGAGUUCUGGAUCCCCCACGGUGUGGAGUCCAUGAGAAAGUUGUACACGGUUGCCGUACGAUGGAUAAAAUGCGACGCUUGGUUUUUGUUUCAUGCAACCCUACCGCAGCUAUGAAGAACAUUGUUGAUCUUUGCCGUCCAACAUCAAAGAAAUACAGCGGUCGGCCAUUCAAAUUAGCUUCUAUACAACCCGUCGACAUGUUUCCACAGACACCCCACAUUGAGUGGGUCAUUACGUUGAUGCGUUGACAACUUCACGUCGUUUGUUUCGCCUUGUUAUAUUAUUGUUAUGUUAAAAUUGUUUUGUUUGCUUGGAACUGAACAUAAAUUAUUUGAAA